UUUUGCGGCAGAAACAUGUUGAAAACGUGUCAAUUAAUUGUGCCACUUGUUAUCGCAUUUUUGCUGGUUGCCACACAAACUGUGGACGCCGACAAGAAGCAUAGCAAGAAGUACAGCAAAGAGACAAACGAGCCGCAUUACCAGCAAAUCGCCAACGAGAAAUAUGAGCCAGAAAUUCGGAAUUUACAGCGACCUUUUCGCCUGGCGAAGUUGAAUCUGAUUUGGGCCAAGGCGCAAAAUCGUCUAACCGAGAGCAAAAUCAAAUCGCUGUACAUGGAGCUAAAGAUCCACGAUAAGGAGGAGAUUGCUUGGAAGCAGCUCAACUCGCAGCAUAAGGAUAAAGAUGGCCUCAAGGAAAAUGAGCUGCGCCAGAAAUUAAUUGGCAUAAUGAGCAGCUACGAUCUGCUGGAGCACUUUGAGGACACACAGGACAAGGAAAAGACCAAGCCCUACAAAAAAUUCCAUGAUCCCGAGGAGCGGCAUAAAAAUAAAAGUCUCUUCAAGGAAAAACUAAAUCGCUUAUGGGAAAAAGCGGAAAUCUCUGGAUUUACCGCGGAUGAGCUGAAGGCGUUGAAACAGGAGUUCGAUCAUCAUCAGGAUAAGGUGGAUGUUUAUUAUAGUCUGCUCGAUAAUCUGGGUCCGAUGGAAACUAAUCCGCACGAAAAUGCUAUCAACACUGAGGAUUUGGAUAGCUACAAUCUCAUUACGAACGAUCCCAAUGAGAAUGAGAUCAAUACCCAUCAGCAGAAUGUGAAGAAUUUCGAGAAUAAUAUGAAUGCAUUGCGUGGACAACAUGUGGGCAUCAAGGAUCACUAUGAUCGCCUAGAGCGUCUCGUUUCCUCGGGUCCGCACAGUCAGGACUUUAUUGAGCCGAAGGUGCAGGGCUUGUGGCGCGUCGCCCAAUCGAGUAAUUUUACGGACAAGGAAUUGGCAUCCAUUAAAACGGAGCUGCAUCAUUUUGAGAGCCGUCUGCUCAAAUUGAGGCAUUUGCAUGCCGAGCAUGCCUUACACAAAGAGAAAUAUAGGGAUGAGAAGCACAAGGAUAAGAGCAAUCGCUUCGAGGAUAUGGAGGAUCAACUGAAGAAACAAGCGCGCAAAGUGGAAAAACUUCAGGAGCAUAUUGAGAAAACCAUAUUUAAGCAUUCGGAGCUUUAGACUCAGUCUGCCCAAUUGUGCCAAAAUGAACAAAUUAACUAUAUCUAACUAAAUAACAUUUACUCCUUUUUUAUACCAAAACUAAUGAAUUAAAAAAUCGUAUGAAGUUUA